UGCUAAUCCUACCGUAGCGGAACAGGGCUUUGUGUGAAGCGAAAAAAUAAAUGAAACAUUUUUGACGCUACACAGGUAUGAGCACCAUGGAUAUAAAUAAGGUGGAGUAUGAGGACGAUAAUAAAACCUUGGACAAGAAGCAAAUUGAGGCUGAGGAGAAAGAAGUGAUGCUUAAAGCUGAGGUGGAAAACAUCGAGCCUGCGGAGUUGAAGCAUGAUGACGGGCCCGUGAAGACGGCCUUGUCCGGUGACCUUACGGAAAUGGGCCGUGAGGUGAAGCCCAAGUUCAUACCUAUUGGGGCUAUCAAAAUGCCUGGAUUUUUCACGAAAAAUUCAGAUAAAGAUAAGUCUAAGGAUGAAGAGGCAGCUAUUGAGAAAGACACAGAGAAUGAAAAGACUGAUGAAAACUCCAAAGUCAAGGAGAAUCGUUUCCAAUUUCUUCAGAAAUUUACUAAAUUCUUGCAACAUCCAGAGAAUGAAAAUGGUGAGGAAAAAGAUAAAGAUCGAAAAAGAGGUUUAUUUAACAUUAGAUAUCCAAGGGUAUUCCAAAAACAUGGUAGUAACCCAAAUAAUGAAGCCACUCUUGCUUCUAUGGAAACUUUGGAUGACAAGCUGGAUACUCCUAAUGAUGGCAUGGAAACUGUAAAAUUGGAACCUGCUGAGAUUGAAGAAGGUAAAGUAGCCACCAAACUUCCACUUAAGGAAAGGAUUCGUCAAAAGAAAUUUAUUAUAGAUGACAUUGUUGUGGUUGGGAUUGUAGUGCUAGUAUUGAUAGCAGUUAUCAUUGGUAUUAUAAUCGGCGCUAACGCAGGACCUCCAGUUGAACGACCCCUACGCCUUGGCCGCUAUAUCACAACUUUCACUAGCUGUGGACCUGUUGAAGGUAUUCUGGAUGAAGGAGUUUACAAGUUCUUUAGUAUUCCCUAUGCUAAACCACCAGUAGAAAAUAACAGGUUUACUUACGCUCAGCCCUUAAAUAACAUAUCAUCUUGCUGGAAUGGAACAUACGACGCGCGCACAAAAGGUCCACUUUGUAUACAAUUUUUAGAAAAUGCGACAAUAACUGGUGAAGAAGAUUGUCUGACUCUUGAUGUUGUUACUCCUCAUGUGAGAUAUGACUCGCCAUUGCCAGUUGUUGUUUUGAUUGGAGCAAAUACUUUAGCUGGAGGCAUUAGCCCUGCUCAACCUUCUGCUUUGUAUGCUCGCACAAAAGAAGUAGUUUUUGUACGUCCUAAUUUUAGACUGGGUCCUAUUGGAUUUUUAGCUCUUGAUAUUUUGUCGAAUAGUAGGUACCCUCAUACAUCAGGCAACUAUGGACUGAGUGAUUUGUUUAUUGCAUUAAAAUGGGUUCGUUUAAACAUUAAACAUUUUGGAGGCGAUCCCGAAUCUGUUACCUUGUUAGGUCACCGCGCGGGAGCAACAUUGACAGCUGCUUUGACUACGACUAGUCAAGCUCAUAAGUUGUAUUCACGAGUCUGGCUAUCCUCGCCGUCUGUCAUCUUCCCUGGUGAUCCAUUAGAACAGUCCCAAAAAUUAAAUACAAGGUUCAAAGAAAUGACGAAAUGCAAUGAUGCUGAAUGUUUACGCCAAAUUUCAACGACAGAAAUUUUAACACCAGAUAUUUGGCUGGAAAAUUAUAUGGGAAAAUUGCCUACUACCGAAGAAUUUAAGCAUUCUUUAUUGGUGUUAGAUGGAGAAUUUCUUAGACUACACGCUUAUGAAAGUUGGGAUGCCCAAAAAGAAGCUAAGAAGUCAGGAAAAGAAAAAGUUUUUAAACCAAUGGUAUUUGGUACAACUCAACAUUCUAGUCACUCUGAUCUUUUAAAGAAAAAAUAUCUUAACUGGACUGCUGAUGUAGUAGAGAAAAUUGUCAAUGAAAGUGUGAUUGGUGAAAAGAACUUGACAGCUGCUGUGUUCACACAUGUUAAUAAAACUUACGAAGGUUUGGUAGAACUAAUUUCUUCCAUUCGUACAUUGUGUCCUAUGGUUAGUCUCGCUAGAUUACGUCUCGAGGUUCCGAUGUAUGUAGUCCUUGGAGCAGGCGCUGGUGGUGGUGCUGGCGGGUCUGGUAUAGCUGGUAUAAAUGCAGACGUCGAAGCCAUUUUAGGAACAUUCGAUUCAGAUAUGCCAGAGCAGCGUCGGUACAUGGCGGCUAUGCAGCAGCUAUUUUAUUAUUAUGUAUGGCAUGGUCACCUGCCUGGCCCGGAGAGUGGCUUAAUACAAGUUGGCCAAGAUUUGCUCCCUCUUAAUGGCUUGCCUCUUUGUGAUUUACUAAUUAGGGAAGAUAUAGUACCUAGGUAUGCACACAUUGACUAAGCAGAAUGCUGUAAGAAUUUGAUAUAACUUGUUAAUAUAUGACUCUUGCUCCAAUAUUUUAUACCAAUGCUUUAUAACUUUACACUUAUAAUAAUAUUCAUUCUCGCUGUCUAUUGUGUAUGUGUUUGAUAGAUAUACAAAUAGUUAGUAACUAUAUUUACCGUAAAGUGUUAUGGGAAACCAAAUCAAGUAUCUGCAAGGAUACCAUUUAUGUUAAGUAUUAUUUAUUGAAAUUGUAAAGUACAAAAUUUCUGACAAUUAUUUCUUGCUUUUGGAUCUUAUAUCUUCUCCCUUAGACUAAGUAAUGUAACAGUGAAAUGUCUAUUUACGCAACAGAAUUAAUAAAAUGUUAGCAUAAGAAUAAAUUACGUGACUGAUGAAACAUUGAUCUUGCCUGAUCAGGCAGUCUCUUUUCUACUCAUUUUGUAAUAGUAGUGUAUAUUAAAAUUGUUUCAGUUACCUUAUUUUUAGAUAAUGUGUUUUUCUACUUUUAUAUGAACAAUUAAUUAUUUUUUAUAUAUUUGAAUUCUUAAGAAACAUUGAUCCUGAGGUUUUUUAAUGAAAAAUUAUACAAGACUGAUGAAAUUUCAACCUGUGACCAGUUUUGCUAAUCAUUUAAUAUGACUUGACAAGGAUGUGAUCUUCCCCACUUGAAAUAUAGGAAAGAAAAAUAUGAGAUAUUUUUCAUUAGUUAUGAAUAAUAAAAACUCAAGAUCAAUGUUUUAAUAAUAUUUGGUAAGAUUUACUGCAUUAAUCAGCUAAAGUGAGAAUAGACAUAGAAUUUGUGUGAAAUUUUACUCAGGUAAAUGCUUAUAAUUUAGUAUAAGGAUGUUAACCAGUGUCUGUAGCCAUAUACAUCACAUUAAUGUCCCACCUUUUUUUACCAAAUGUUUUUAUAAAUAGUUAUAUUUUACUUUUAUAUUGAAGUCACCCCUGAGAUUAAUUGUGGGAAUGUGAAUGCUCUCACUCUCAAUGAAAAUGGACUCAUAACAGAGGGGCUACGAUACGACACUGCAUCGAUAACAAUGACGUGUUACAACCGGUGUAAUAUUAAACCCCCAAUGUUGCAUUUAAUAGGAGGGGUGACUCAUGAUUGCGACAAAAUCUCAAAAUUUAAUAGUACUUAUUUAGUUCAAUAAUUGUCUCAAAGUAAAUGUGAUUUUAUAAAGUCUGAUUAAUCCAAAGAAAUGUUUAACAAAUUACAGCAUUAUAAUUGCUGUAUAAAUUAAGUUAUUUAUGUGUUAUUAUUAUUGUAGUUCACAGGGAAUCUCCAUAUCGAUAUACUCUUGUCUUGUCUUGCCAAAUUGCUUUGUCAUUAAGUUAUUGCACUAGCGCUAAAUGUAGUAUAGAUACAACUUUAUUGUAAUUUUGUAAAUUGAUCCAAAUAAAUUUUGUGUAAGACUGAAA